AUAUGAUAUUUCAUGUCUGUUUUUCCUACUGCACUUACUUCGCGGAAUUUAAAUGUUCUAUAAUUUUGCUAACAAUCAAAUUAAACUAUUAAAAUGAAGAAAUAAUUUUAUCACUUUUAAUAGUAUGCAUAUAGUUAAUAAAUUUUAUUAAACAAGUCUGCCAUUAAAAUUAUUUUGUGGGUUAUAUAAUCAUUCUUUAUAAAGUUUAUUUUAUAUAAUUAUAAUAAUAUUGCUAUAAUGACUUCAAGAUAUAGAUUGUUAUGGCGGCGAUUUUUGCACUUAAAAAAAGUGAAUCCUACAAUAGUUCCACGAUCAUUUCUUAAUGCCUCAAAGGAAAUAACUCUUCCAUGCACUCUUGGAUUUUCAUUGCUAACACUCAUUGGUUUGGAAAAAAAGUUAAAUGCAGAAGAUGAGUUGAUAUUAUCAAUAAAACAUUGUGUAUUGUUUAUCCAACGAAAUGAAUAUGAUAAAGCUGAACAACUUCUUCAUGUAGCUUUAAAACAGGCACAGCAAAUACAACAUCACUUAGGUGUAACAUACAUUUACGAUGUCAUGGCUAAUUUAGCACUUGAAAGGGAACAGUAUGACAAAGCUAAGAAGUUAUUUGUAGUUGUAUCACAGAGGAUUAUGGCUGAUGGUGCAACGGAAGAUGAUUUGAGUGUCAUUCACAUCAGCAUUAAGUUAGCAAGAAUUAGUCAUAUGAAAAAAGAUUAUACAACAGCACAGAUAGGAUAUGAUUGGUGCAUAGAAAAACUCAAUAGUGCAGUAUCAAAAAAUCCUACGGAAGAAAAUAUAAAGUUGCUGGCAAUGGCUGAGGACUGGUAUGGGCGAUUAUUUUUAGAAUGCAAUAAAGACGAAUUGGGUUUCCGUUACAUGCAGAGUGCUUAUGAAAAGAUUGCAUCUUUAACAGAUACAGAUAAAGAGCAUUUAGUGGUACAAUUAAAUGAUCUUGGUACUGUAUGUGCAAGCAUUGGCAAAAUUGAUGAAAGUAUUGAAUUUUUCACAAAAGCGAUUGAUCUUGGUAAGCAAAUACCUGAUUUAGAAGAUUUAGGUGUAUUCUACGUUAAUUUAGGUAGAGCAUAUUUAAAGAAAAAUAUGAUAGAUGUUGCUAGAAAGUCAUGUGGACAUGGAUGGAAGUUAGGGGUACUUAUGAAGAAUAAUGAUGUAAAACAUGAAGCAGAACUUUGUAUUCAAGAAAUAAAAAACAUGACUUAAUCA